CGUGCUUGCAGCCUUGGAUCAGCUCGGGGACUAUGAUCAUCCCGCUCAAUGCUCUUCUCGACGGUGACCAGCUGGAUUGCAUCCUUCCUCGCCGUCUCAACGUCUCUUCAUGACAGGACGCCGCUGUACCCACGACCCGAAGCGGCAGCGCCAACAGCCCCUCUAAACUUCGAGCUGCGCCAUCUCCAUGCUACUUCCUCCGAUGGGAGAAUACUCUUCCAAGACGUACAGAAGUCUGGUAUUGACGCGCUCGCGCUGACUGGGGAGCCGACGAGCUAUUCGUUACGAUCGCGACGCGUGAAGGCACACCGGCCGACUUCCAUUGAUGCCUUCCACAAGGCCCGGCUGCGCUCCAUGCGCUUCCAGCAGAGCGAGGCAAUAGACUGGGAUGAGAUUGAUGUAGAAGGGCCCGAUGUUGAAGAUAGGGAGACCUUGCUGCUACUGGCAAAGAUGACAAACAACGCGUAUCUCAUGCCGGAUGAGGAGGGAUGGUAUCCAUUGGGUGACCGUUGGAAUGUGAGCUACCCUUUUGGAUGGGAGCCUGACGACGACGGCUUUCGCGGGCACGUCUUCGCGACGCCCGAUAACUCCACGGUCGUCCUCUCCAUCAAGGGCACCUCUGCCACUUUCAUUGGUGGGGGCGGCCCAACCGCGAAGAAAGACAAGUUCAACGACAACCUCCUCUUCAGCUGCUGUUGCGCACGCGUGGAUUGGACAUGGACGACUGUGUGCAAUUGCUACCGCGGGGGAUGGAAGUGCGACCAAGACUGCUUAGAGGACGCGCUAGUAGAGGAGAGUCUGUUCUAUCCUAUAGGAACUAAUUUGUACAACAAUCUCACAUACCUAUACCCCGACUCAACCAUCUGGAUGACCGGCCACUCACUCGGCGGCGCUCUCGCGUCGCUCCUGGGUGUCACCUUUGGCACGCCAACACUCGCCAUUGAGGCCCCCGGCGAGAAGAUGGCCUCCCGCCGCCUACACCUUCCCUCCCCCCCUGAUGUCCAGCAUGUCACCCACCUCUACCACACCGCGGACCCGAUUGCAAUGGGCACCUGCAAUGGGGUGCUGUCUUCGUGCGCGUUGGGCGGGUACGCGAUGGAGAGCAAGUGCCACUUAGGCCGGUCGAUCGUGUACGACACCGUGUCGAAUCUCUCGUGGUCGGUCGACAUCCGGACGCACACGAUCGUAAACGUUAUUGAGAAGCUCCUGGCGAAACCGUGGCCGCCAGCGAUCGACCAGGGGCGCGAGGUGCCCGAGGCAAUGUCGGAAGAUGACUGUAUGGAGUGUUACAGUUGGGACUUUGGAAACUACCCAGCGAAGUAGUCUCUCGCACUGGUAGAGGAGUGUCUUAGAUAUCAUUAAUGUGUAGUGCUCAAUGACCAGCAACUACGAUCUCUAUGGA